AUGGCAAACUUUGAAAAUGUCGCAACACCAUCAACGGAUUUUUCCGAGAGCCUUUCCAGACUCACCGAGACACUCGGUGGUGUAUCACCCCAAGAGCCAAGCAAUAGUCACACUGCCGGGCCAUCCCCACCCCCACCUCAAUCAAGCAAUCCAAACACCAGCCUGCAACGCUGGUUAUUCAAGCCGGAACCUAAGAUUGUCCAGGAGACGGCCAUCGAGUAUGAUAGAAAUGCAGCAGACGGUGCCCAAAGUGCAGGAUAUCUAAAUCAAGGAAUACACCAGACAGCACUCGACCACUUUGGGCAGCAGAUAAUUGUGCCUUGUCCGAUGGUCGUCCAAGAUGCAUUCCGAGGCGAGCUUCCUCUCAGCAUCUACCUUCAUAUCAAGUCGCGGGUAGUUUAUGACAGGCAGCCGUUACUCAAUGUACUGGAUGAGCUGCGAAUACGACGUGGCGUCGAAACAAGAUGGCUGGCGUCGGUUCAACUGGGCUUCGACCUUUUCGCAGAAGCUGCUAAUCAUCAUGGAUUGGAUCCGAGUUGGGCAGAUGCAGACAUGCCAUCUCGAUCCGCGGCUGAAGUAGAAGAGCGCAAGUUGGUGCAUACAGUCAGGUAUCAUGUUUGGGAGGCGUUCUGCUGGCGCGGUGCUAACUGGGACCAGGUCAAGAUACAGCGAGAAGAGUACCUGGCGACUUAUGGCGAUGGUUGGACAGGAGAUGACAAACUUGAAGAGAAGUUCAUACCCUGGGCGGAGUGUCCUGAGUUUCAAUACAUUUCGCACACUCAACCAUUCUAUGUCGACAUCGAUACGAUAGAGGUUGACCUAGUCAGCAGAUUGAGUCAAUUCUAG